UGACUAAAUGCAAUUUGUACCAUACUUAAAACACCAUAAUAAUAUAGAGUUAAUCACUUAAAACUUUAGUAAAAGAAAGAUCAAGAAUGCACCCUGUUGAGGCUUUUGGUUGGGCUGCUAGAGACACUUCUGGACUCCUCUCCCCAUUCAACUUCUUUAGAAGGGCAACGGGCGAAAAGGAUGUUAAACUGAAGGUUCUUUACUGUGGUAUAUGUCAUUCUGAUAUUCAUCAGCUGAAGAAUGAAUGGGGAUCUUCUCUAUACCCUCUAGUCCCCGGACAUGAGAUCGUGGGCGAAGUAACUGAGGUUGGCAGCAAGGUAGAGAAGUUCACCGUUGGAGAGAAAGUUGCUGUCGGGGGAUACUGUGGAUCAUGUCGAUCUUGUGAAGACUGCAUGAACAAUCUUGAGAAUUAUUGCUCCAAAGGAAUAGCUACCUAUAAUGCAAUCUACAGUGAUGGAACACCAACAUAUGGAGGCUACUCGGACAUGAUUGUUAUCGAUGAACAUUUCGUGUUUCAUGUACCAGAAAACUUGCCUCUAGCUGCUGCAGCCCCUCUGCUUUGUGCUGGGAUUACAAUGUACAGCCCGUUGAGAUACUUUGGACUGGACAAACCUGGCCUUCAUGUUGGUGUAGUAGGCCUUGGCGGACUUGGUCACGUUGGUGUCAAGUUUGCCAAGGCCAUGGGGCUAAAGGUGACUGUGAUUAGUACAUCUCGAAGAAAGCAGAAUGAAGCUCUUGAACGUCUUGGUGCUGAUUCGUUUUUGGUUAGCACUGAUCCAGAUCAGCUGCAGGCUGCUAUAGGUACAAUGGAUGGCAUUCUUGAUACAGUCUCUGCUGAUCAUCCCCUCGAUCCACUGAUUGGGCUGUUGAAGUCUCACGGGAAGCUUAUCUUUCUUGGUGCACCUGACAAACCCGUCGAGCUACCAGUCCUUCCAUUGCUUAUGGGAAGGAAGCUUGUAGCUGGAAGUGGGAUAGGAGGGAUGAAAGAGACACAAGAAAUGCUUGAUUUUGCAGCAAAGCACAAUAUAACAGCAGAUGUUGAAGUCAUUCCAAUGGAUUAUGUAAAUACUGCACUGCAGCGUCUCACCAAAGGGGACGUUAAAUACCGGUUUGUCAUUGACGUUGAUAAGACCCUUCGAGCAGAGUGAUUCUGAGUUUUACAAAAACAAUAUAUCUAGUAUAAUCCCACAAGUGGAGUCUGGGAAAGGUGGAGUGUAACAACCUUACCUAAGAGUUAUGUUUCAUGUAAUUCUAGUAGUUUAUGAUGUUUUGCGCAUAAAAUGGCAUUAGUUUAGAAACAGACCCUCGAAAUGCGGCCCUAUCAUGGACCAUGCAUGAACACGGGAUGCUUUGUGCAUCAAGAUAUCCUUUCAAUAUAUUAGUUUAGAACAUAUAUGAUGUUUUAUGAGUAGCUUUCUCAAAUAUUGGAAAUUAUUG